CCGAUUCCGACUCUUCAGAAACACAACGGACUGAAACUGAUUAUGGGCCAGAAGAAGAAGAAGAACGAGAACAACGAUAGCAAGGCAGAUGGGGAGAAGAAGAAAGGAAACGAAGAUAAGAACCCCAUAACUGUAGUACUCAAGGUGGACAUGCACUGCGAAGGUUGUGCCGUCAAAAUCAUUAAGUGCGUCCGUGGAUUUGAAGGUGUUGAGUCUGUGAAAGCAGAGGCCGCUUCGAACAAACUGACUGUGGUAGGAAAAGUGGAUCCGUCAAAGAUCCGGGAGAAGUUGGAGCAGAAGACCAAGAAGAAGGUGGACCUCAUCUCUCCACAACCCAAGAAAGACAACAACAAAGAUAAUGACAACAAGGAGAACAACAACAACAACAAAGAACCCAAAAAGGAAGGAAAGAAACCCGACGACAAGAAGAAAGCAGAGAAUGAGAACAAACCCAAACAGGCUCCGGAGACGACGGCGGUGUUGAAGGUGAGUUUGCACUGCCAGGGAUGCGCCGAGAAGAUUCGCAAGAUCGUCACCAAGACCAAAGGCGUGAAAGAGAUGUCCAUGGACAAGCAGAAAGAGCUGUUGACAGUCAAAGGGACCAUGAACCCGAAGGCACUGGCAGAGAAUUUGAAGGAGAGAUUGAAGAGACCAGUUGAAAUUGUGCCCCCCAAGAAGGAAGAGAAGAAAGAUGGCGGCGAUGAGCACAAUGGCGGCAACGGCAAUGGUGGUGGUGGAAAGAAGAAGAAAAUCAGCGGAAACGGUGGUCAAGAGGACGAAUCUGGCGGGGGCGGCGGCCCUAUAAUGGAAGGGAACAAAAAGGAGCAUAUGAUACAACCUGGUUUUGCAUUCGGGUAUGGCUAUGGGUACGAAUACCCGCCUUACCCGGUUCACUUGCACGCACCCCAGAUGUUCAGUGAUGAGAAUCCAAAUGCAUGCUCCAUCAUGUGAAGGAGGCGUAGCCUGUUACGUUAUGAAUUGGAGAAUGUAAAUGACAAAAGAUUUCAUUUUUGGUGCUUGGUAGGAAGUGGAGGGGGGAGAAAUUUUGGUUGUUGACCCGAAUCCGAUUCUCUCUAUUUGUGGAUGUUUUUGUUUUCAUUUGAGAUAAAUAUGUCUAGUAGUUGAAAUUAGGUUAGAAGUCUUGCUUCUUCUAGGGUGAGGCAAGAGCAGAGCAAUUGUGGGGAGCAGAGAUUGGUGGCAACCAUUAAUGACUGGAAAAAGUAAAGUGUCCUUGGAGAUUGAGGGGUGGGGCUUGUCCUUGUGUUUGUGGUGUCCAACUUGUUAGACAUGGACAUUUCACAGAAAUG